AUGACUCUCCAAGAGGUUUUACAGUAUCUGUCGGCGUUGUCCGGAAAAUGGUGCUGUUUGAUGAACAAAGGAACCCUACAAUGGCACGAGUUGCUGCGGAAACAUUCGCCGAUACCCUACGAAAACGUCAAAGUCGUGGGCCAGUGCGACGACGACGUGCUGAUCUUCGUAUCUGCUGAUGAUAAGGCGGUGUGGACUUCUCUUGGAUUAGUAACGAAACGAUACCUUAGCGACGAUGCGGUGAACGCCGUCACUUCUAGAGCAGAAUCAUACUUCCGAAAAGGCGAUUACACAGCCGGCUUACAAUACAUGAUCGAUUCGUACACAACUCUUUUGAAGGGCGAUCCACUAGACUUGAACAGC